AUGGGGAUAUCGGUGUCUAAACGAGUGAAAGCUGGAGUCGCCAACUCGAGCGAGUUCGACUCAGCUUGUGACUCAGCCUACAAUCAGUGUCUCUCACUAACCCAACACGCUUUCCAAGGAGUCUUACCAUACCAACUACCAACAGCCUCUAGUCUAAUCCACACCGCCAUUACCACCACCGCUCACAAAAACAAUCUCAUCCUCAAGUGGGUUCCGUCUCCUCCAACCCGGACCCAAAUAGACUCCGCUCUUCGGGUCGUCCAGCUCAGCAACAAGAAAGACGAGCAUGAGCAGGAGGUGAUCUUGGGGUGGCCCCAGUUUAAGGAGUGGGCGGUGGUGCUUUACACGGAGGCUGUUGUGGGCAAUGCUGGAAAGGCGGUUUUGACUAGAGUACCUCUUGGAGCCGCUGGAAUUGUCGGGAUUGGAGCUGUGACUAGGUCGGGGAUCAAUUUGGUUGGGCCGGCGAUUGGUGUUUACGCGCUCGGUGUUGCCACUUCUAUUUAUCUAAGUUUGCGUGGUUAAUUAAGGUUUCUCUUCUUAAGGAAAAAAUAAAUAUCGUUGUAGUGGUGAUGAUCCUAGGGUUGCUAUUUAUAUAUGUACACAUUGCCACUGUAUCUGCCGUUCAUUCCUGUAAUAAUAUCAUUUCAGGAUACAUGGCAUAACCUGAAAUUUUAUGUUCA